CGAACUUCGGACCAAGUAUUUUUUCUUGAAGUUUCAAUAACUCUUGCAAAGACAACACAGAGGCCAGAGUGAUUGAUAUGGCAACGAGCGCCAGAGACAGUCGACGAAGAAAAAUUGCCGAGAGGGGAUCUGAUCGGCUCGCUCUCAUCACUGGCCGAACCCAAAAUUUACCACCACCAUCAUCACAAUCACAUCUUUCUCACACAGUAUCAUCACCAGAGUUUUCUUUCUAUGAUCAGAAACAACAAUCCUAUCCGUCUAUUCAAAGCAAUGUCCCUUUUCAAGGUGAGGAAUAUGACCCUGGCACUGCCUCAACAAAACAUGAGACCAGCAAUAGCAAUGCUGCCAUUGGUACCAAAAGCAGAAUGGAGCCCCGGCUGCAGAAAUGUGAGACAAAUGUUGACUACCUAAAAGCUGUUCCUCUGGACACCAGCAGCAAGAACUCAGCAGCUCAAAACUUCCCUACUUCAAUGGUUGAUGCUGAACUAAGUAUCGAACCCAGGCGGCAUCACUCCAAAAUUUUCACUGCCAGCCGAAUUAGUUCCUCAAUCUCUGCUUCUGAGAGAACCCGUCUGCUUAGUUCUAUUGGCAUUGCCCUUAUCGUCGUUCUAUCUCAUCUCAGGGUUCCUUUACUUGGCAGCAGCUUCGUAAGGAACAUCAUGGCGCUUAGACCAGUUUAUCUAAUACUGUUGACCGAUGUUUCUAUUGUGCUUGCAUUGCUGCUACUUGAGAAGAAAGGGCACUCUUACAAAGCUCAUGAAGAAGCAAGACAAACAUCUUCUGAAGAUGGGUACGAUUGGGCAGAGGGACUAGGAAAGGCGUUGGAGAUGGGGUUGGUUUUGCAGAAGGUGAUUACUGCGGCCUUUUUGGACUGCAGUGUUUGCGUUGUUAUUAUUGUUUGUGGGGUUUCCCUGUUACAGCGUUGGAUUUAGUGUUUUAAGUGUUUACACCUUCAGUUUUGCUGCGUUU